UUAGAAUCACUUGUUUCUUAUCCCCUUUUCCUCGGUGACAACUAGAUUAUACAGAUCUGGUCUUUCAGCCUCCUUCGUUCUAUGAAUUUCAAUAUUUUUAGGUUUUAAUUUUCAUCAUCUCUUGGGCAUCUAUGAACUUCCAGAUUAUAGUUGUGAGCUGUUAGGGACUUAGGGUAGAUAGCCAAACAUCUGGUCAAUAAAGACCACCACCGCCAUGGCGACGGGAGGAUCUAUUUCCGCCAGUCUCCUUCAACUUGAUCUCCGCCACUCAGCCGCUUGUGGGCAUAGACAAAGCAGGUCCUGUCGACGUAGGACUCUUCAAUUGAGUGUAUUUUUUACUCUUGGACCUUUUUACCCAUUUCCGCCGCCGCAGAGUGAGGUCACAUGCGCUAGAGACUUCGACAGAUAAACCACCACCGCAGAUCUGGAAGAAAUGAUCAAUGGUGAACCGAUAGAUAAGUGUUUUAAUAGCAGAGUAUUUAUUUAACAUAAUUUUAAAAUUAUAAUUAUAAUAUUAAUUAAUGUGUGAAAUAUUGAAAUAAUUUAAAUGUUACUUGUAAUUGAUAAGAUUAAACUCGUAUAAACUUUAAAACUUACGUUUUGGCGGUGAUUUCCAAAACUAAAAUUAACAUAGCUAGGUAUUUAGGCUGGCGCUAAAUUAAAAUUAGAGUAUUUUUUUCACACUUUGGCGGGCUCUAAAUUAAAAUUUUGGGCGGCUAACUACUUAUAUUGAAACAUUACGCUAACAUAACUAGGUUUACCUAUAUAUAUCCACUCCAAGCUAAAUUAUUUCGCCACCAGAGUAUCAAAGCCGCCUCUCGACCUUCUCUUUUACAUUCUGGUAUGGUUUAUCUCUCUGAGUGUUUUUUAUGAUUGCGAAUAUAUUACGUCAAUAUGUGUUCCCUUUUUCUUCCAGUGAAAAGGGUUUAUUAAAUUUGUUGCUUUCCUUUCGGUAAUAGUUGAAGUCAUAUAAAAAAUGUAUGAGUACUUAGUUUGGUGUGCUCACAUAAUUCAUUUUGGUGUUUUUUUUGCAUGGUUAAUAGCGUGUAGUUACUGGAUUGAUUUUUCCCCUUCCUGAGAUAUGAGAGCCUUAAUUGUUUUUUCCUUUGACAUCCUAAUUGCUUGCUAUUUAUUAAUCAUCACGGUGAGAAUUUUCAAAAGUUCUGUAUUUACCAAUUACUGCCACUUGUUAUCAUGGAGGCAUCCAUAUCCAUUUUUAAAUAUAAUAGCUAAUGCAAAGUUUGAAACUUUGCAAGUUGAUUGAUAACUCAGUUGCUGAUGUGGUACUGAAUAUAAAUCACACAUUGUUACAUGCUUACAAAUUCAUUUUGUUGUUAAAUAGUCGAAGUUGCAAAUUUGUGCUUUUAGUUACUAAACUGGCCUUUUCUGAAGUUUAAAAAAUUCAUGUAUUUAAUUGCUUAUAAUAUUUCUGGUCUCUAUAAUCUUGGCCAUGUUCUUUCCCCUGAAUACCAGGUACAAAUCAGAUGACUAUAGCUAUACCUAUACUGUUGAGAAUUUCUCAAAUAAGAGGAUUAUAAUAUGAGAUUAUUAACAUACUUCUAUGAAUGUUUGGAUCCAAAAUCUACAUAGUUUCUGAAUUUCUGGCUAAAUCAUCUGAAUUAUCUGGAUCAUAUUUAAUACACAUUUAAUAAAUUAUAAGGAUAUUAUAACUAAUAAAGCUUUAAAUGCAUCAAUAUGGCAUCUCAUGCACUACUUUUUGUCCUUACACAAUAGAUUCUUAUUUAGAGUGUGCAUUGUGAUACUAUUACACAUGAUGCUUAAUUUUCAUAUUUGCUUGAUUUAACCAACUUUGAGUUUCCAUUUGAAUUAAGGAAUGGCUCCUGGAAUUAAGGAAAAGCUUCAAAUGAAAAACAAAUUUAGCACAUCUCAAUCAGAUUGUGGACGCCAUGCAUCGAAGAAAGUUUCACCAAAGUUUGUGACUCUGGGAGGAAUUAAAGGAGUUUUAGGCAAAACAAAUAUGGCAUCUGAUGGCAAAAGUAUUAGUACAAGAAAUGAGACCCUUGUACAAAAUAUUUCAUCUAAAAGAUGUGGAACAACUACAACACAAUUAAGUUCGGAACGAGAGGAUACUGGAUCAAUUCAAAGUCAUGAAAGUGCAGCAAAUUGCAGUCCUCAUAUUACAUCACCAGAAACCCACGUUGAAGGAGCUCCUCGCUCCAAGAAAAGAGGUCGGGGUCAGACAAUGGGAAAGGGCAUUAUGAAGGCGUUUGAGGCAUCUAAGACAAAGAUGAAGAUAACUGUGGAUCCAUCCGUUGGAAGACCUAAAAAUGGUGAGCAGUCAGCAAAACUGUCUAGUCAAAUUGGUAUUGUGACUAGUGAUGUGAUUCCAGUUCCUAGAAGGUGGAAAGAAGUAGAUGAGGAAAAUGAAUUGGGACCUGGAUUGGAUCACAUACAGAUGCAUAUGGAUGUCAAUGUUGGUGAUCCGGGUGUUAAAGAAAGCUUGAUUGAAAGGUUGAAAAAUAGUUCUCGACAAAUGCGUUACAAGCUGCAUAAACAUUACAGACAGUUUGGAACUAUGGAAAUGGCUAAAAGCAAUAAGCCAGACUUUUGCCUAAACCAAGAGAACUGGGAAUCAUUGUGUGAACAUUUUGCAUCACCUAAGUUCAAGAAAUCAAGCAUCACAAACUCGGGAAACAGGAAACUUGUGCGAGCUCCACAUAUUUGUGGUAGGAAGCCUUUCACUGUCCGAAGACAAGAAAUUUCUGAACAGGAGCUAAAUGGAGAUUCUUGUGAUAGGAUUGAGCUCUAUAAACGAACUCAUUAUUCAGAAAAAAAUGGCUGGUCAUCUAAAGUGGCAGAAGAGAAUUGGGUACUUAUAUACUAAUCUGAUCCUUCAUAAUCAACUCUAACCUGUUUUGUUGGAAAUAAUUUUAAUCUACUUGUUAUUGAUAUGUGCGAUUAGGAGUUGAUGAAAAAGAAACAAGAACAAUAUAAAGAAGAAGGAUGUGACUUUAUAAGCAAUAUGUUAGGCUAUUUAGAUAUUCAUUUAUUCUUCUCACACUUUGCGUUAUAUUUACAUUCCCUAUUUGAAUGAUUUGGAUGUUCAUGUUUUACAUGCAUCUUGAAUAUUGUGCAGUGUCUCUCAUUAUUGUAAGACACUGAAGUUUGAUGUUAUUUUAUGCAUUUAAGUAACAUUUAUUAAAUAUAGAAGGUUUAUUCCUGAAUGUAUGGAUGCCAUUUUUUAUACGAGUAUAUGUUAAAAAAG